AUGAGCUUCUUCUCAAGAAUGGACAGUCUCUGUCUUGGCACAAGCACCACCGCCAAUAGUUCCUCCGCGCUUCAAUUCUUCUCGCAGCCCUCCAUUAAUGGCAUUGGUAGGAGCUCUAAAAUUCUGAGGUUUCCUAUCAGAAAACCUCGAAAUACUCUGGUUCUUGCAUCAAAAGAUAAACCCGAGCUGGACGAGUGGGAUCGAAUGGAGCUUAAAUUCGGUAGAAUGACUGGGGAGGACCCCGAACUCACCAUGGCAAAGAUAAUGGGGAGGAAGUUGAAUCCGGAUUUGUCUUAUUUGGAAAUUGAGAAGCUAUUUUAUAAACGGAAGGGACGGAAGGGCAAGUCAUCGAGUGAUGAAAUAGUUGAUAUCCCGUUUGAUCUGUCUGAUGAAAAGAAGUCUAAAAUAUCGACACAAGGACUAAAUUUGGUCCGUCCUGUUCCAAGGAAAGGUGUUAAGUUCGAGGCGACUAACAAAAUUUUGGAAGCUGAUAUUGAGAAAUCUGGCCGACCUGUAAAUUUGUCUAAUGAAAAGAAGUCGGCAUUAUCAACACAAGGGCUGAGUUUGCUUCGUCCUGUUCCAAAGAAAGGUAUCAAGUUUGAGGCAACUGAUAAAAUGUCAAAAGCCUAUGAUGAAAACUCUACCCGGCCAGAGAAAAAAUCUGCGGACGAGGCCAAAAGCAGCGUGCCCAAUGUUAUUUUGCGAAAGCCAAGUUUGGUUAAUGAGGACGUUGAUGGUGCCAAUGGGAAAAAAACUUAUAGGUUUGGCAUGAAACCAAACUUGUCUCUGAGAAUGGGGGAGGAGAUGCAAAAGGAGAGGUUUAGUGAUAUCACACUGUUGAAAAAGCCCGAGCCAAUGACCAUAAGUAAUGAAGCGAACGGUCAAUCUGAUUCUAGUUUUGAAAUUGAAGAUGAGAAUAAGGUCAUUACUUUCAAUAAGGAGAGAGAACAAAAUUCAUCGGAGGAUCUCACUGAGUCUAACUUCAAUGCUAUUGUCACUGAGGACGAAUUCAUUACUUCCGAGAUAGUGACUGCAUAUGGAGGCAAUGCCAAUCAGUUCCAGGAAACUGUUAAAAAAGAUUCUGAAGUGGAUGAGCCGUCUGCAGGAGAAUUACAGGCAGAUGUGUCGUCUGGAGGAGAAACAUUUGCUACUGAUGGAUCUUCUGGAAGUAUCAAUUCAAUGCCUAUGGAUUCUGUGCUUAGUAAAAAACCAAAACGAUUAGAUCGCCCGAGUAAAGCAACAUCUCAGAAGGUUCCCAAAAAUCCUGAAAGCUUUGGAAAUCCCUCAGGACUUGAGAACUUCGUAAAAAAUUCACCCGUUAAGGAACAUGAGGAGGGAGACUGGACCAGGGCCGAAAAGAUGGUCCAGACAGGGGAAAGAGAAGAAGUUGAACUGAUUAGCUCCAGUACUGGAGGAUUUGUUGUAUCCUUUGGUUCCUUGACUGGAUUUCUACCUCACCGCAACCUUGGUGCGCGGUGGAAGUUUGUAGCUUUUGAGUCAUGGUUGAGAAGAAAUGGUUUAGACCCAUCUAAUUACAGACAAAACCUUGGCAUAAUUGGAAACAAUGAAGCUAUCAGCAUGGGCGAUACCUCUGAGCCGACAUUAGAUCCAGAAAGUGGCCCUAAACCUGACACCGCAAUAACACCGGAUAUGAAACUUGAGGAUCUACUCAUGAUUUAUGAUCAAGAGAAACUCAAAUUCUUAUCAUCCUUUAUUGGUCAGAAAAUCAAAGUGGGUGUAGUAUUGGCUGACAGAAAUUCCCAGAGGCUAAUAAUGUCCUUCAAACCAAGAGAGAAAGAAGAAUCGGCCAAAAUGAAGAGGAGUCUCAUGGCACGACUAAAUGUUGGAGAUGUAGUCAAGUGUUGCAUUACAAAGGUCACAUAUUUUGGUAUCUUUGUCGAGGUUGAAGGGGGGGUACCAGCACUAAUUCAUCAGUCAGAAGUUUCGUGGGAUGCCACCUUGGAUCUUUCGUCAUACUUUCAAGUUGGCCAGACGGUUGAUGCAAAAGUUCACCAAUUGGAUUUUUCACUUGAACGUAUAUAUUUGUCUUUGAAGGGAAUCACGCCAGACCCACUGAUGGAGGCGCUGGAGGCUGUUGUUAGCGAUCACAAUUCUUCGGAUGGUAGACUUGAAGCGGCUGAGGCAGAUACUAAGUGGCCUGAUGUGGAGUCACUCAUCAAAGAAUUACAGCAAUUUGAUGGAAUUCAAUCCGUGUCGAAAGGACGUUACUUUUUAAGCCCUGGUUUGGCUCCUACAUUUCAGGUCUAUAUGGCCUCAUUGUUCGAAAACCAGUACAAGUUGCUUGCUCGAGCAGGAAAUAGAGUACAGGAGGUAAUUGUGCGGACCUCCCUGAGCAAAGACGAGCUCAGAUAUGCUAUUAUGACGUGCACGAAUAGAGUAGAGUGA